GCGCUGUUCCGUCUGCGCACCUUACAUAUCCUAUGUCAGUUCCAGUCCGUCUGGAAAGGACAGGGCAAAGAUUUGACACGUUAGUAGGCUACCCGCGGAAUGUGGGACACGAUGCAUGGGAUAAUGGAUUAACAUAAUUUCCUUUCUACUUUUUCCCUUUCUACACGACCAACCGCCUUCGUUGAGAAAGACUCGUUACUUAACGGGGUGACCAAAACAAACCAAACACCGGCCAGGUAGGCUAUAAUGUCAAAGAAUGACAAAAACUUAGAUCUGAAUUUCCUGAGCCGAGAGGAAGCGGACUUAAUUCGAGACGUUCUAGAGCGAGACAGGCGACUUAAAGAGAAAGAAGAGGAAAGAAUAAGGAAGCUCCAGGAGGCCCGGGGGGUCCGGCACUGGCUGAGGGUGGGGUCUGGACAGGAGGCCAAAGACUUUCAGCCCAGUGUGAAGAACCAGCUACAGCAGUCGCUCAGCACCAAGAUCAAAGGAAAAAGUCUUUCAGAUCUAACUGUCAGACCACAGGGCCUUCUGGGAAAGCAGAGGGAAGAACAAAGUGGGACUGCAGCUUUGAAAGGUUCCACCCUGCGGACUAGGAUCUCGUCCCUGUUCUCCUUCAAGUUCCUGCAACAGAAGGCCGAAGCCAGACAGGGAAGCAUAGGAGAGGGCUGCGGUGAUGAUGGCAGAGUCCCUCCUGUAAACACAACAAGGCCUGUCUCUGAAGUUGGGGAGCACACCAAGGUAAGCUGUACAACCACACCUGACAAAGGAGAAACUCCAUCUUUGGAAAGAGAGAAAUUCUGCCCUGGUGAGGAAGAAGGCCAGCUGAAGCAGACUGCAACAGGAAAAGAGGAACCAACAUCACUUCCCUCAAAGGGAUCGACUGGACCAUGCCAAAACAACCCUAGACACGAGGCAGCCAAGGCAUCGGUCUUCCUCACUGGGAGAAAUCCCAAGUCUCAGGGCAACACCGAGGUUGGAGCACCCCUCCCCCUACAUUCACACAAUGGUGUGUCUCCUUUCUCUCAUGGUGAAAAUGACAGCAAGCCACCAUUCAGCGUGAGCCACCACCCACCCACCACCAUGCUGUCAUCUGCUCUCGCCACUGUACUGGCCAAACCCUGGAGUGGCCACUUUCGAAGGCAGAAGGCAGAGUCCGGGGGGGGGAAGGAAGAGAAGGAGCUGAGGCAGGAAGUGGGGGAUUGGGCCCACUUCCUCAAGCCACACCGUCCUUUCACUGGGGAGGCACUAGGGUGUCCUGGCAACAACACCACCACCCCAAUGUUCCACCCACUCCCUGGUUCACACGAACAGCAUGUCCAAGAUGGAGAUAUUUUCCCUGGACCUGAUUGCAGAGGUGGGGCUCCCACUGGGAGUGGAAUGGCCCUGCCCCCAACCCCACCCAAGACCCCAUGUGUAACCUCCACGCGCUCGCUGGAUUACCACUGUUACCGAAGGGUGUCACAGGCAGGCCCCCCUGGCUUCUUGAGCCCCCGCUUCAGAGACCCGUCUUCUGUGCUGAGCUCCAAGCCCACCACCAGCAGCCUUCUGCUCUCAUUCAGACGCCUAAGCUCCACCAGAGGAAGUCCCAGCACCAGCUUGCCCCUUACCAACACACCCCCACCCUCCCCAGGCAGUUCCACCCUGCCUGCCACUAGAAGCAUCACUCAGGAAAGACCCAGGCCAUCCAGUGGGCUCAGCAGGGGGGUGUCCAUCAGAGAGGGACAGUUGCCCCCCUCCCCAGGAGGGACUGGCCACAGGGAGCUGACGGACUGGUUGGACUUAUUGAAUGUCCAGUCACUGAAGCACAGAAACACCCUCUACUCUUCAGACUGGAGGAAACAUAGUCAGCUAGUUCAUGACCAUGCCACUCCCAGCAAUACCUUGACUAGCACUGGAAACACCACGACUGGCACCAACCUUAACUUACUCGGCUACAGCAACACCGCGACCGACAGCAACCAUAAUUUACUCAGCUCAAACAAUAAUGUGACGGGCCCCAGUAAAACCCCUACUAGCACCAGUCACAGCAUACUCAGCCCCAAAAGCACUACAUCCAGUAGCAACGCCACCACCUUUGGCCCAAACCACAACCUCAACAGUCAGGGAACCUACAACCUCCCCCAUGAUCUUCUAAACACCUAUGUUUGCAAAACCACCCUUAAUAGCCCAAAUACUCCUAUAAGCCCAAACACCUUACACCCCAACAAAAAUCUCAGCAACCCUAACAUUAUGAAUAGUCCCAACAAGUUCAACACCCUUGAGAGCCCCAACACUCCCUGUACUCCAUUCAGCACCAACACCUCUGUAAGAACUUACACCCCUGUAAGACCAAAAUCUCACACCACUCCUGACACCCUCAAAGGCCCCAAUACACCAUUCAGCCCCAUGACACCUGUAAGCACGGACACCCCUUUAAACCUGAACACACCCAUCACUUAUAAGACACUCAGAAACCCCAACACUCCCAGUACUCCAUUCUGCACCAACAGCUCUAAAAGCACUUACACCCCUGUAAGCCCAAACUCUCACACCACUCCUGACACCCUCAAAGGCCCCAACACACCAUUCAGCCCCAUGACACCUGUAAGCACUGACACCCAUCUAAGCCCAAAAGCACCCAUCACUUAUAACACCCUCAGAAGCCCCAACACUCCCUGUACUCCAUUCAGCACCAACACAUCUAUAAGCACUUACACCCCUGUAAGCCCAAACUCUCACAUCACUCCUGACACCCUCAAAAACCCCAAUACCCCCUGUACUCCAUUCAGCACCAACACCUCCGUAAGCACUUACACCCAUGUAAGCACAAAAUCUCACACCACUCCUGACACCCUCAAAGGCCCCAACACACCAUUCAGCCCCAUGACACCUGUAAACACUGACACCCAUCUAAGCCCAAAAGCACCCAUCACUUAUAACACCCUCAGAAACCCAAACACUUCCAAUACCCUAUUCAGCUCCAACACCCCUAGAAGUACUUACACCUCCUUAAGCCCAAACACUCCUAUCAUUCCUGACACCGUCAAAAGUCCCAACACUCCCUGUACUCCAUUCAGCACCAACACCUCUAUAAGCACUUACACCAUUGUAAGCCCAAACUCUCCCAUCACUCCUGACAUCCUCAAAAGCCCCAAUACACCAUUUAUCCCCAUGACACCUGUAAGCACGGACGCCCCUUUAAACCCAAACACACCCAUCACUUAUAACACACUCAGAAACCCCAACACUCCCAGUACUCCAUUCAGCCCCAAGACACCUGUAAGCACUAACACCCCUGCAAGCCCAAACACACCCAUCACUUAUAACAUCAUCAGAAGCCCCAACACUCCAUUCAGCCCCAAGACCCCUGUUGGCACUAACACACACAUCACGUAUAACACCCUCAAAGGUGCCCACACUCCCAGUUCUCCAAUUAGCCCGAACACCCCUAUUAGCACUGACACCUCCAUCAGUUCCAACACUUUCAAUAGACACAACAGCCGAAACAUUUUAAACCGGUACAAAAAUCUCUCCAAUAGGCAUGCUGGGACUGUUGAUACUCUUGUGGUUGCCACUAUCAAUAGUCCAAACACACCCAUCAGCCCCAAACAUCUAAGUAGCCCUCCCUACACCUGCUCUACCCAGAACAGAACUGAGGUUCCCAGGAUUUUCUCAUCUAGGACACAGCCAGUGGAGGACAGAGCCAAAGCAAACCACGCAGUCACCCCCUCAAGUGGCCUAGCGGAGGGCGUGGCCACUGGCUGUUCAGAUGAGGGAAAGGGUGGGCCUGAAACCUUGCGUUGGCCCAUCUCGCCAACUCGUCACCAAUCCCUGGAGAGGACACCACAUACCAUGGAAGAGCCCCCCAUUUUCUCCUCCCUCAGAACAGCUGUUCCAUAUAGGCAGGAUUUGGGGUUUCCCCCCUCACCCUGCCUCUCUUCCCGAGACCCAGACCAAAUCGUGACCCCCUGGAGAUGCCAUCUUUCCCAGGGUCUCAACCCCACCUCCAGGUUCACAUUUGACAAUGCUAGGGACCUGCUUUUGGUAAAAUCCCAAACUCAGGCUCCCCUGCAAAACACUCUCACACCCACCCUCAGUUCUGCCCACUCGCUAUACAGCAGGGACCCUGAAUUGCCACCCUCUACUCUCUCCCCCCAUCAUGGGCCCUGGUUAUCUGACAGGUCGUGGGCAGUUCCUAUGGACACCACUGGAGACAUCACCAGUCCUCAUGUCAGUGAGCCAGUGUCUGACAUGAGUGGAAUGUCUCUUCCUGCACAUGACAGUGUCUCAGCACAUCUGGGAGCCCAGCCCCAGAGCAACACCAAUGCCUCCUACAAGACAUCCCAGGAUAUGUCCUCAUUCGUGCCAGAAACCAGCCUUCAGCCUUCUGCCUCGAGUGUAGGUGCUCUCACGGGAAUGGGAACAGACUGCACCCUUUGCCUCAGUGCCUUGCAACAUCCACUGUGUAAACCACAAAUGUCCCCACACCAGAGCCCAGCCAGCACAGACCAUUUCAACCCAUCAAUUAUCAGCAUCAUAGACUCUCCCACUAAUCAAGGCAGCGAGAGAAUUGGAGCAAGCUUAAAGAAAUACGCCCACAGUCUCCCACCACCCAAAACGUGCAUUCCAGCUGGCAGAUGUGCAACUGCCGUCGAGACCAAGCCAAAGGGGAUUGUGAGUAAAAAGGAGUGUGACUCAGUGGUGGAGAAACUUAAUCCUGCACUGCACAUGAAACACCAGUCUGCUAACAGAAGCCUUUUAAUGUUCAGGAGUGGGAAGAGCAACCUUAGCCCAUCUGUUUCUGGCAAAGCAGGUGAACUUGUGACCCCCAUGUGUGAUGGAACAAGCAAGGCUGUAGGAGAGGGGAAUAAAGGCAGCCCUAAAAUAGACCAGGUGCCGAGUAGCAUGGAAAUCACUAAACACUUUGAUGAUGAAUCUCUGACCACAAGAAAAAAUAGCAAUGACAUGCAGAAUCUUGUCCUUAACGUGCCCAGCCAAGUUUCUGAAGGUGACAGAGCCGGAGAACCAGACAAGUGGCAGAGCUCAGGGGUGCUGAAGCCAUUGAACCUUGAGAACAAGACAGGAAGCAGCAAACCCAGAAGUCAGCAGGAAGCCCAGGUUAUGUACCUGCCCACAGAGAGCACCCAGCCUGAGCCUAAGCAGGAUGGCAGUUGGCAUGGUCUGAAGAAUGGCAACAGGAAUAUCUCCUACCAAAGGUAUGCCACUGUUCCAGGCAAGCCCAGCAGCAAUGAGGCCGGCUGGUGCAACCUUGACUUCAACCCAGAGGAUGUGGAAAAUGAGAACGUCUUCUAUAGCACCGCCACAAAUACCAAAUACCCAAGGAGCCAGAGGUCGAUAUCUUUCUGUGAGCCUGAGGAUGCAAGGCGGGCCAUCAGCACCCACGGUUACGAUCCCUGGGGCCAGCAGGCCAUCCAGCGGGAGUCCUUUUAUAGCCUCUCCCCCUCUCCUUCUCCCUCCCCCAGUAGGGUCUUUGGCCUGCGUCAUGGACGCUCGUUCUCUGUGAGCAGUGUGCACUCCAGCCGCCCCUCGGGUUUUGGCCGCAUCUCCACGGGUCCCAAAUUGGGCAGCAGUAAUGACCUCUAUACCAUGGAUGUUGAUGUGACGUCCUCGGGGCCUGUGGACCUUGGUGGCAAUGUCCAGCAAAAAGCAACCCGGAGGUUCUCCUUUAGCCUGGACCAAGACACUGGCCUUGAAAGAAUCUGUGCUCCUUGCCAAUUAGAGACUCCCCCCUCCCCCCUUCCGUCACCCCCAGAGUCCCCCAGGCCCACCCGCCGCAUAAGCUCCUCCUCCACCACCAGCCGGACGUCCCAGGACACUGCAUCUCCAAGGAGCCGCCUCCCCUCCAGAGGCUAUAUGUCCAGCCUCUCUGCCUUCGAGGAAUCUGACUCAGAGACCACCACGGACGAUGAGUACUACCUCAGCCCAGACCGGGGCGAGAGGGAAACAGAGUUGUAGUAGUAGCAUCUAAGGAGCGCAAGUGAAAUGCUGGGAAUCGGGACCAUGUUGUGGGUGUGGCUGGGGAUUGCAGUUUCAGUCUGCUGAUUCUGUUACUGAGCUCAGCUGCAGCUAGUGUCAAUGCUGUUAAUGUUAAUGGUGCAGACGACAUGUCUAUCAUGUCUACAGGCUUAUCAUACAGGUAAAGUUUUAUUGGGGAAAUUUUCUCAGUGGUUUCCCUGAGGUUCCUACACUGUGUGCUAUUCUAUUAUUGUUUAUUUAUUUAUGCCUUGCCAGCGUUGUGCAGGGGGCAUAAGGCUGAGCGGAAUGUGGUGUAGUGGUUAAGCACCCUUUUAAAUGGGGGUAAUUUGCAUGUUGAAACUAUGGGAAAGAUGCUGCUGUUAUUUUUCUGAAAGAGGCACGCCUCCCAGAUUGCUUUGAUAAUUAGGCUGCUGUUUAUAUGAAACUUCAUUAGAUAUAAAGUAUGUAUUCCUACCUGGGAGAGUGCAAGGCUCAUAAAUCAUGUGAUGUAACCCAGAGCUUGGCACCGACUGAAAAUCGCCCCACCCAUAAUUCAUUAAAAAUCUGAUGGGUUUGGCUUUUUUAAAGAACAUUUCCAGGGGCCAAUGCUCAAAAUGGCUUGAGGUAUCGGGCUGGGUUGGAGUGAAAGUUUUUAUUGACUCUGGGUCACUUCUCUGGUUUGGUUUAAGCUUAAUUCUCUUGCUCGUUGUUCAUUUGGUUUACAGCUGGAAUAGCAAUCCAUACCUGUUUUUGUGAGGACAGAGACAUGCAUACAGACAAGAGUUUAAAAAUGAAAAUGGUUUGAGUCCCAGGUAUGAUUCUUGCAUUUCCAAAAGAGACAAAUGCAUGCUAUUGUCAGAUGAUUGUCACUAAAUAUUUUGUAAAAGAUACAAGGACUGUAACAAUAUGGAACUUCCUAUAUUGCAGUGGCAGAGAGAUUUCAUUGCAGUUAGCAGUGAUUUUGCACUAAAAUGUUAGUAUUAUUAUUAUUAUUAUUAUUAUUAUUAUUAUUAGGGGUGUGCCUUUUAGACCUGUAACCACUAAAUUUUAAGAAACAUGCUAAAUCUGGAGGUAAAUCUUGAUGAUUUAAUGAGAAGAGAAUAUAUAAAUAAUGCGCCAUUGCAAGACUUUAUCAUUGUUAAAAUCCUGUUAAGCAUGUGUACAAAUGAAUAAACAUCAUUAUAUGGACCUAAUGGUCUAUAACAUAAAUUCUACUCAUUAAACAUAAUAUUGUUGGUACUAGUGUCUUUCAUGUUUUAGGCGUACUAUAUAGCCUACUCCACAGGUGUCAAACUCCACUCAAAGGGGUGUUCUUAGCACCAGUGGUGCAUUAAGGAAUCCAGACACCUUGUUCUCAGGGCCUUAAUUGAAAGCUGAUUGAAAGGAAACCACAAAAACCCGCAGACACUGCGGCCCCCUUGGGAUUCAGUUGGACACCCCUGGCCUACUCUGUUAGACUGCGGAGGCGAUGACGUGAUUUUAAAAAUCGCCAGCCAGCAUCUUGAUCUUUAUCUGUUUAAAUAAAACAUUUGAACUUUAUAUUUUUCAAGGUUUUAUUUUAUUUUAGAAUAGACCUGUCUUCUCAAAUAUGCAGCAAAGCCAACAUCUUAUAAGACAUAGCCUACUCUCUCUUCUUAUUCUUCGAAAUUAAGUACAAGCCCGUCGUGUGGCGUUUUUGCCUCCAGUGCUCUUAUUAUUGCUUUAGAAAUUUUCUUGAAAUGCAUUCAAAAGCUGAAUUCCUGUGGCCUCACUACAGCUUCAAAUAAUAAGUCAAUUUUAAUUAAGAAUAAGCACACAUCACUUAUCAAUUGAGCACAUCCCUAAUUAUUAUUAUUAUUAUUAUUAUUAUAUGCAAAAAUUAUUGGUUAAAGUCAUAGGUUUAAUUGUACUGUGCUACAAUUAUGCCAAUGCUUCUGUUCUGAAUACCUGCCGUGCCUUGGAAUUUGAAGUUAAAAAAUUGGAUGUUAUUAUUUAACAUCACUUUCAGAAAACAACAGACACGUGAGACUCGGUACGCCCUUACUAAAGAGUAAAGUUCACUUUCAGGCCGUCCGUCACAUGCUUUUACACGGCGGGUGACCUUAAAAUGUUGUAGGCAGAAUUGUGUAUUUUGAGCCAUCUCCAGGAAGGAGUCUGGCUUGCUAUGGCUCUGUCGCUUAUUCAGCUGUUGAAAAAUGACCUUAUAUGGUUAAAACUUAUUUAAGCAUGUCAUAGAGUUAAUUAUUUUUCCAGAUGUGUUUUUUUUUCUUACAGUGCUAUACCUCUAAAGUAGGUGCUUGGUACAGUGUAAAAACAUUUAUGUACAUACUGUACUAAUAAAACUUUAUUUGUGGUUGGA